UACUACAGACCAGCUGUACUGCCAGUCUCCUAGUGGGAGCGGAGCGGUAACAAUGUCUUAACGACAGCUGUGAUUGUGAUUUUACACUCGGUCGUCGGCAUAAAGUUUUCAGGAGAUACCGCUCUGCCCCGCGACCAGAUAAAAUAUUCUACUACCAGUCUUUCAAAAGUGAUUUAUUCAUUCAGCUGUUUUUUAAACAUGUUGGUAUCCAGUCCUCUUAGUUCUCCGCCCCUCCCCCUCCCUCGGGCCCUCCCCUCACCCCUUUCACAAAAGGAGGAGGAGGGCACAAACGAGUUCUUUAUUCAUAAACCCUCUCCACCUCCUAGAACUCAAUCUCCGCCCCAUCCAACACCUCUACCUCCGCCUCCAAAUAGAGACGGUUCAUAUGACUGUGCACCACUUCCGCCCUCAUUGCUGCCUGGGCAUCCCCGGGAGGGUCAGUCCGCCUCCCUAUUGGGCGGCAAGUAUUUGCUUUUAGAGGAAAUAGAAGGAGCUUCUCUACAUAGAUGUUUACAUUUAGCAACCAAUCAGGAGUAUGUCUGUAAGGUUAUGAGUCGUGACGGUUCAGGUCAGCGUUUACUAGCUGCACACUAUAGAGUAGACGGUCAAUCCCAUAUUAACACUAUUCAGGAGGUUGUUGUUGGAGCUGAGAAUGUUUACCUUGUGUUUCCCUCCUGUGCUGGAGACCUCCAUUCUUAUGUCAGAUCUAGACGGCGGUUACGGGAGGCAGCUGCCCGCCAGCUUUUCCGCCAGAUAGUUUCGGCCGUGCAUUCGGCCCACUCCGCCGGGAUUGUACUCCGAGAUCUUAAACUACGGAAGUUUGUGUUCACAGACGAAUCAAGGGUUGAACUGAAGCUGGAAUCCCUUGAAGAUGCAGUAGUCCUGGAUACAGCCGAGGAUGAUAUUCUCUCAGAUAAACAUGGUUGUCCAGCAUACGUUUCCCCAGAAAUACUUAGAUCUAACACGCGUUAUUCGGGUAGAGCUGCAGAUAUGUGGGGACUUGGUGUUAUGCUGUACACUAUGCUAGUCGGCAGGUAUCCGUUCCAUGGGGCCGAGCAUAGUGGACUAUUUGCCAAAAUUAGACGCGGACAAUUUAAUCUACCAGAUUCUCUCAGCUCCAGGGCUAAGUGUCUGAUCCGCUCCCUACUCAAGAAGGAGCCGGAGGAGCGAUUAACGACUGAAGAUGUACUGGUUCAUCCCUGGCUUACGGGUACACACAGAGAGCGCGGAACGGUUCGUCGCUCACCGCACAUAGAGUCUACAGAUCACUGUGUACCAGAGUUCAGCUCGGUGCCGGCUGUACAUAAGUUUGAUAAAGUGUUCAGACCGGCUUCCGAGUCUGAAGGAGGCCGGUAAACCGGACUUUUUGAAAAUGUUAGUUUUUUUCAAUACAUUCCCAGUCUGAUAUAUCCGGUAUCCACCCUAAACUCAAACCUUUAGAGUGCAUCUAGUAAUAGUCUAUAUACAUGGAUAUAGAUAACAUUCAUCCAGUGUGUGAUUGAGCAGCAAGUGAUCUAAUCAAUCAAUUGAUCAAGAAGAAAGAGCGUAAUCGAUCACAAACCUCCGGUUUCUUCUGAGACUUAAUUUAAUGUUAAAUUUCUGUGUUCAGUUAGUUUGGCCGAAAUUCAUUCAGAAAAAAAUGUGCGUGCUCUCUUUUCUUUUCAAACGGAAACCUUUGGUUGGUUUCCCCCAAUAUUUCUAGUGUACACACGAUCCUUCAAAUUAUCUCAGUGUUUAUAAAAUCAAUCCUAUCUGCCCUCCUGGGGUCAGAUCUACAUUCAGUCUGUAUUGUGAUAAGUUUCAGUAGCAGCCACCCAUACGUUGUACAAAUCCUCGUUUUCUCGUUAUUUUUUCUUUCUCAGUUGUUUUCCCUCCUAACACGUGAUCUCCGUUUUCUACCAACAUCUGAUUUGGUAAUAAUGGCCAGUAUAUAUUAUCAAAUAUCUAUGUUUUGUUACAUCUAUGAAAUAACCAAAGUAUGGUAUGAAAUUAUUAUUUGGGAGGAAAACUUGUUGAAAAAUAGAUAUUGUGUAAAAUUGUUAAUAGAAGAUUCGCUUUAGUUCUGUGAUAUGUUACUAGAGGAUUCAGGAGCUGUGGGGUUCCAUUGUUUACAUUCAGUGUACUGCAAAUGUACUGCAAUGUGUCCCACGCCCCUGUGUAUUCGCAGUACGCGAAUAUAUUUUUUUCGUGGCAUUGACCUUUUACGUUUCUGUGUAAUUUAAAAAUGUCGAUCCUCGGUAAUUGUUAAAAAGUAAAUUAUCCUGUUAUGUAGUGUGUACACUGCACCUUGUAGUUGUACAUGUAAUUGUACAUGUAAUUGUACAUAAAUCUGGGUCUGUACACCCCAUGUACACCCUAGGUAAUGAAAUAAACCACUAAUUCUAAA